AUGAUGUUGAAGCGAACAUUAUGCUUUAUCUCCUUUAAAUUAUUUAUUAUUUUAUUAUCUACAUUUCUUCUUUCGUCUGCUUCUAUAAUUCGUGUGCGUGAAUCUGAAAGACGCAUCGAGUGUCCACGUGGCUGUGCUGGGGAAUGUGAUAAGUGCGAAUACGGAGUGGUAUUAUCUCAGCAAUGUGGAGUAUUGGAGUGCAGAAAGGGACCGGAUGAGCGAUGCGGUGGUCAUACUAACGGAGUCUGUGGUGAUGGAAUGAUUUGUUUGUGUGAAAGAUGUAUCGGAUGCAGUACAGAUACCCUAGAUUGUUCAAAAACCCACUUCGACCACCCUUGUCUACCUCCCGGCAUCACUGACACCAACAACGACCUGAAGUACCUGGACUUGAACAACAACCGCAUGUUUUAUGGUUAA